AUGGGCGAUCCCUCUUUUUCGAAAUCUCGGAACUUGUUAGGAAGAAUCUUCUCACACACAACAGCUACUGCAUCUUCUUCAAGAAGAAGGUGGGUUUUUUUUAAAAAUAAAAAUGGCACUUUCUUCGUUUUAUAUGAAAAUAAAAUAAAGCCUUCGGUACUUGUACAGCUUGCCUCACGUAAACUGACAAGAGAUUUAUCAUUGGGGCGCUCUUUUUCACACCUCUUUGAUUUUUUUUUCUUUCAUCUUCUCGGACGUUGGUAACGCCAAACAGACGUGCACCGGACGUUAAUGAGAAAUUUUAAGGAACACUUAAGGAUGCUGACGCUAUUAAAGUGGUCACUAGAAAUGCCCGGACAUGUCCGUUUUGCGUUACCAGUGUCCGAGUUCUUUUUUUCUUUUUGGGAGUUUUUCGUGCCCAUUUCGAAGUGAUUCCGCGAUAUCCAAAAUAGCGGUCAGACAUUGAGGAGCGAUUUCAGCCAUUUUAAAUUUUCUGUUUAUCCUUUCUCCUUUGCAAUUUAACAAAGCAAAUUUUACACAGAAGAAAAACCCUCAGCUGCUUUUAAGAGCAUUGGGCUGGUACCUCUUAUUGUCCAGACGGCAUCGGAGUUAAUCAAACUCCGUCCGCCAUGAAUUCGAAGACGUUGCUAGCCGAUGAAAUGGAGCAAAAAGACAGCAAAAAAUGAGCCUCUGUCACCCUAAAAGGAGCAUUUCUAUGGAGCCUUUUUCCAACCUUUCCGACUUUGCCUAUGAUAUCGGAUCAAGGUUUUUCUGGCUUUACUCUACAGAAUUUUGCAAUAGGCAGUGCCUAUGCCAGCACAUUCCAAAAAAGCUUCAUGCAUUCUGCGAUACAGUGCUUUGCAUUUUGUACAGACGUACCUCGCAUUUUACACUUUUUUUCGUCUGUACAAAAGUGAGACCAAAAAGAAAGGCAAAAUGCGAGGAACUUCUAGGCAAAAUGCAAAGCUCUGAUUUGCAGGAUGCAUGCAACUUUUUUUUUUUGCAGAAUGCCGGCAUAGGCACUGCACUUUGCACGAUUUCAGUAAAGUACUUCAGUGUGGAUAAGGUCAAGCCUUCUCUUUUUCUCAUCAUAACAUUUUUUAAACUAAAACAUUCAAAACCUCACAUCAAUAUUUCCAGUAGUAGUCGAUAGUCGGAGUAUUUUUCCACGCUUAUUCGUUUGCAAUUCACGUUAUUUCUGAAGAAAAAAAUAAUUAAAAGCGAUUUAAAAAAAAAAUCAAACUGCUUUAUUUGAAAUUUUCGUCGAAUCUCCAUGUGUUGAACAAAUCAAUUUCUUUGAAAGCUUCCUGCAAUUAUUUCAACAUUGAAAAAAGCAAGUCGAUUGAAUUAUUUAAAUCGCAAUGUUUUGGCUGAUUAGCUAUGUAAAGUCAAAGUAAGUUAUGGAAGUCUCAUCCAGUCAGAAGAACUAACUAGGCGGUGCGCUAGAGCUCCGCUCGGCCUUGUCAGAACUAAGAUUCCUAGACGCCGAAGGCCGUGACGGCAUUUUCCGCGGGGGUCCCAUCAUCGCUUUGUCAGCAUCGCGCUGCCAACAGUUUGUGCCUCGGCCACUGGAAUGGGCUUCAGCGUGACUUUGCGUAUCCAAUUUGCAAGCAAAAAGGAUCGGCACUCCGGGAGUCCCGCGGGCCUAAUCUACUAGCGCUUACAACUCAGAAAAUUAUUUUGGAUAUUAGAAGUUCUAUGGAAGUUUGAAACUCAUCUUGACGUAGAAUUCAGGAGCAAGACGAAUCGUGAGGGAAGCGAAAAAUGAAAUGCGAUCCAGGUCAUAUAAGUAGAAAUGACACGUUGUCACGUGGUUCACGUUUUUUUAAUUUUUUUAAAUUUUUUUAACAUCAAGAAAAUGACCUUGCCACGGGGUUCACGUUUUUUUUUUCAGAAUGAAAUUUUUGUUCUGAAUAAAAUUCUGGGUCAUAUGACGUGAAAGGUAGAGCUAGUGGAGACACUAAAAAAUUCUUUAAAGUUCGAAGUUUAUAAUUUUUCAGCCCUAUAGUUUUUUUGCCCGCGGUUUUUAUCGUUCAGUUUAAUUAAAUGUUUUUUAUAUCAUAUUCUUGAAACUGACAAGAUUUCAAACAUUUCAUUAACAAUCAUCUUAAAAAUGCCAUGAAAUAUGAAAAAAGAACGCCGUGUUUAAAGUAAUUUGAACGGAAUUAAAAUCUAUUUAUUCAUAUUAUUUUCCAAGAUUGAAUUCUUUUUCACUAUCUGACCGCUAUUUUGAAUUUCGCGGAAUCACUUCGAAUGAAAAACUUCCAAAAAGAAGAAAAAAUAUCAAAAAGGUGUGAAAAAGAGCCCGUGAUAUAGUCUGUUCAGAUUUUUAAUGUCAAGUGCAACGACGUCAUUCAAAAACACUCUGCGGAUGGCUCGCUCUCUGAUUGGUUUAUCGCACCAUUAUGGGCGGAGCUUGAGCAUCGACUUGACAUUCAAAAUCUGAAGAGACUAUAAAUCUUUUGUCAAUUCACGUGAGGCAAGUUGUACAAACACCGGAGGCUAUAAAAAAAAACCGGAGUUUAUAGUAACCAGCGUGAUAGAAUAGUCUUUGACACUGCUGCUCAUUUCGAUGAAGGUUAUCACCAAGUUAUAAAAAAGGUAGUUUGACAUUUUUCUCAGAACGUGAUGCAUUUUAUUUGAGGUAGCUAUUGUUAUAUGCAAAAUGGCCGGGUUCGACGAUCUCGAGAACGCGGCUCUUGAAACCUUGAGCGUUCUGUUUCACAGAUGUUCGAUUUCUCUGUUUUCAUUUUCUAAAAGUAGGAAAGUUACAGGCCUGAAACAGAUCGCCGAACAAGCGCGACAUUUCUGCGAAGUCUCUGGGAGAACUAAGCCCUCACCAGCUGACGUCUUAGCCGCUUUGGCCAAUACGGGACUCCGUUUUGAUGGAAUUCCAGAGUUUUUCUACCAUCAGCUCACCCAGCCUUUCCCAUCACUUAGAACUCGUAGGGUUUUGUUUCUAUAUUGUUUUUUAAAAUCAUAGGUUUCAGUUUGGUCUCAAAAACUAAUAGAUUCUUCUCUUAAUUCUCUUUUUCAAAGUCUAAACUUUUAAAAGCUGGAAGUUUUUUUUUUCAAAUUCAAUAGACAUUUGGAGUAUUGCUGCAAAAUUUUUAACAAUUAACCUCGGCAGAGAAAAUGUUAUUAGUGUAGAUCGGAUUCUUUGAAGCGAAAUACAAAGAAAAUUCUUCCUAUCAAUUUUUUAUUAACUUUUUUGCGGUGUUCCAAAAAAAAAUUUCAGCUUCGCUUUUACCUGUAGCUUCAAAAAGAGCGACAGUUAGGCUUGAGACCGACGAGCCACAUCCACAAUACGUUUUUUCGUGGAUGCCGCCCUUUCCAAAUGCACACACGUAUAUUCGAACUGAUGUGGGUUCCUUUUAAGAUUAUCAAGUAAUCUUUCUUUUUUCCCAGAUUUGCGACGAGCCAGACAUUUCCUAUGAGAAAGUUCGCGAAACGAUGGCUGUGAAAAGUCGAAACGCCGUUCGCUCCUUUGUCAACCACUGGAUUCGAAGUCUACCAAGUUUCAGUCUCUUUCAAAGUUUCGAACAAGUGAUCUCCGAGUCAGUCGAUAGGAUGGUGAGAAAAAGGAGCCUAAGUUUUUCAUAAUAUAGUUUUCUUUGAAGAUAAAUCAACAGACGCAUAAAGCCAGACGCACAGAGUCAUUUUUUGCGUUCCGUUCUCUGUUGGGUCGAGAUGAGAUUGAAAAUGAAGCAGCAAAUAGAGAAUUCCUGAUCCAGAACGGGCUUAUCACCGAAGAAGUGAGUGUUAUCCAGUUUUUUGUUUCAAAUUGAUCGAUCAAAUUAAGAAAUAGCUUGACUAAAAAAUACCUAACAAGAUGAAGACCUGGUAGAAUUUUCUGUUUCUCAAAACAGAGCUGUUACCAGGCUUCUUGCUCAGUUCUUGCUUUAUUAAACAUACGGAGGACUCAGAAAGCAGACAUGUAAUUACACUGUAAGCGGAUUUUCGUCUUUUUUUUCGUUGAAAUUUUUCCAAUAUAUAUUUAAAAAAAGAACUUCGAGUAGGCUCUACCAGUGAGAUUUUGAAAAUUGUUAUGAAACUCCAAUUUUACACAAUUUAUCAACAAAUAACACACCAGAUUGUAGUAGAUUUUUGUAUAACUUUCCUCCUAAUUUUUCUAUUUGAUUAAUUAUUCAUUCGCUAAUCUUUUUUCUGUCAGAGUGAUUUGGAGUUGGCAGUUCUCUGCAGAGACGGAACGAUAAUCGACACAAGUGGUAAAAGAGUCGUCGUUGGCGCCGACGUCGAAGUUGAAAUGGAUUGUGAAGACGCCGAUUCGUCGAUGUCUCCGCAGAAAUUGAAAUGUUUGUCUUUUCAAAACACGCAUGGUGAUAUUUUUCAGCUUUUAAAUCAGUUUGACUCCAAAAUAUUUCGCUUCAGCUGAUUACGAUGUCGAAGAGAUGUUGAACGAGUUGGAUCGCUUUCAAUUCGACGAUUUUGAUGAGAAGUUCAACGAACUCGACGCUUUGAAGCAGAAAUGGAUACUGGAAUAUUUACCGGAGUGGUGCCAUGGUGAAAUUUUUUUCCGGCUGUAUACAGAAGAAAAAAACUGAAACUUCAAAAAUAGAAACUCAUUAUGAGCUUUUUGUCAUUCAUAUUUCUACGAAAUUCGUUCUCAAAGAGUUGAGUUUUUUUCUCUCAAAAAUGUCUACGUGAAAGUGAAUUAUUCCUAUUUUUCCAUAAAUAGUUUGUUUUCCAAUAUUAAUGGCACAUAAAUAAUCAAAUUACUGCAAGGAAAGUGUUUCUCAGGUGCUCAAACAUUUUUUUUUUGUAGUAUUGGAGCCAUCCUAUGAACACUUGGCUUAUUUGAAGGCUGCCGACCAGGAAAGCGAGAAAUCUAAAAACGAUCAGACCAAUGAUGACACGACCGAUGUGGGUUCUAUUUUACUUGGCAAUUUCGAUUUCGAUUUUUCAGCUUCAACCGACUGAAAACCCAUACUUCAUGCCUCCUGUUUUAGAUGAAACGUGA